AUGACGUCAGCGAUGGAGUGGCGUCAUGUAGGUACCAACGACAACCCAGCGGACAUCAUAUCAAGGGGGUUGAUGCCGAAUGAGCUCCAAUAUGCUACGCUGUGGUGGAGCGGUCCCGAGUUCCUGAGAGAUGGCGAGGCAACAUGGCCAGGAGAAUACCAAGAACCAGAUAAGGUUUCCGAAACAGUGAACGUUUGUGCCGAAGAACGAAGCGAAACAUUUACAAUUUUUGAAAACGUCAGCUCGUAUCGAAAAAUGGUUCGUGUUAUGGUGUGGAUCAACAGAUUUAUCGGCAUCUUGAAGAAGAAGACGGACGUCCCGAAAACAUCGUAUAUGAGUGGUGCAGAGAAGACUAUAGCUAUUCGUCAACUAGUGAAGCUAGUGCAAGGGAACGCCUACCCUGAACUAAUUAGCCGGUUGAAGCAAGGAAAGUUGAUUGACGCAAGGCAUAGGUUGAUCACCCUAUCACCCUUUGUCGACGACCAAGGUGUUCUUCGAGUGGGAGGACGACUUCGCAACAAAAGCUGUAAUUUCGACAUGAAGCACCAGUACAUCUUGCCUCCGUACCACAAACUUACGGAAACUGUCAUUCGGGAGUAUCAUCGCGAGAACAUGCAUUCCGGAAAUCAGCUGACGUUGUCAAUGAUAAGGGAGACGUUUUGGAUUGAACGAGGAAAAUCUGCUGUGAAACGCUUCAACUGCUUGCGGUGUUAUCGACACAAACCGAAACAACUGCAACAAUACAUGGGUGAUCUUCCAGCUGAUCGAGUAGAAUUAAUCUACCCAUUCUACAACACUGGAGUAGAUUUCUGUGGACCGGUGUACUUGAAGCCUACAAUCCGUUCGACAACCCGUUUGAAGUCCUACAUUUGCGUGUUUGUGUGCCAAGCAACCAAGGCUAUACACCUGGAGUUAGUAGGAUCCCUAACUUCAGUAGCAUUCAUCGCAGCCUUGCAAAGAUUUGUGUCUCGACGUGGAAAAUGUGCCAAGCUAAUCUCUGACAACGCGAUCAAUUUUGUCGGGGCCAACAACAACCUCAAGGAACUGCAUGAGCUGUUUAAUUCUCAACCGUUCCUGAAAAACCUGAACGACUUCAUUGAAGAGAAAACCAUCCAGUGGAUCUACAUACCUCCACGUGCGCCAUCGUUUGGAGGAUUGUAG